AUGUCAGAAAUGGAUACCAAUCCGGAUUAUGAUGCUCGUGAACUGCCUAAGUAUAAUGAUCUUCAACAGCCAAACACUCCUUUUGGUGCUGGUUAUAUGAGACAGCAGAGCUCGCAGACUGAUUUGCGUCAGGGUAUGGAAUCUCCUUCCAAGUACAAUUAUGAGCCUCCGUUGAGUCCAUCAAGGAGCGUUCAAUCGAAUGGUUCUUUUGGAUCUCUUGCUAGGCCGUACGGGAGUGGGAGUGGGAAUGGGAGCAGUUUGUCCUUGCAGCAGCAGCAGCAGCAGCAACAACAACAACAGCAGCAGCAACAACAACCACCACCUCAACAACAACCACCACCUCAACAACAAUAUCACCAGUACCAACAAACUUAUCAGUCGCAACCACCACCGCAACAACAGCAACAGACGUAUCAGCCGCGGCCACAACCCCAACUGAAACCACCACCGCAACAACAGCCUCAACAUCAACAACCCCAGCAACCCCAGCAACAGCCUCAACAACCCCAGGAACCCCAGCAACCACAGCAACAGCAACAACAACCACCUCGAAAAGACUAUGUAUACUUUGAAAGACACCCAGAAUGGUUUUCAAGAUCUUCCCAAGAUAGAGCAGCAGCAGUUAAACUAACCUUGGAACACUACUACAAAACAGCCAUUGAACAUGCUAUAGAGAGAAACCAACGAAGAAUUCAGAUUGAGCAAAAACUGAAUGGUGAGAUCUCUGCGGAGAGACGAAACAGAGAGACACAACUGUUUAGUAAGAACGAGUCACAGUAUUUAAGACUCAGAAGAACUCGGCUUGCGUUAGAGGAUUUCCAUACAGUUAAAGUAAUCGGUAAAGGAGCAUUUGGAGAAGUUCGAUUGGUUCAGAAACGGGAUACCGGUAAGAUCUAUGCUAUGAAGACAUUGCUAAAGAGUGAGAUGUAUAAAAAGGAUCAACUUGCUCAUGUUAAAGCAGAAAGAGACGUUCUAGCAGAUGCUAAUUCUCCAUGGGUUGUUUCAUUGUACUAUUCAUUCCAAGAUCCACUUUAUUUGUAUCUUAUUAUGGAGUUCUUACCAGGUGGAGACUUGAUGACAAUGCUUAUUAAAUGGCAGAUCUUUACUGAGGAUGUAACCCGGUUCUAUAUUGCCGAGUGUGUUCUUGCCAUUGAAGCCAUUCAUAAAUUAGGAUUUAUUCAUAGAGAUAUUAAGCCAGACAAUAUUUUGAUUGACCGUCGUGGUCAUAUCAAGAUGUCAGACUUUGGACUAUCGACAGGGUUCCAUAAGACCCACGACUCCAACUAUUACAAGAAAUUGCUUGAUCAGGAACCUAAUAAGGGAGGAUCAUCACGUAAUUCGGUAACGGUAGAUCCAAUCAACCUGACCAUGUCAAAUAGGCAACAGAUGCAGACAUGGCGUAAGUCUCGUCGUCUCAUGGCCUAUUCUACAGUGGGAACACCAGAUUACAUCGCCCCGGAGAUAUUUGUAAAUAAGGGUUACGGACAAGAAUGUGAUUGGUGGUCAUUAGGAGCCAUCAUGUUUGAAUGUCUUGUUGGAUGGCCACCGUUCUGCUCGGAAACACCUGCAGAAACUUACAGGAAGAUUAUGAACUGGCGAGAAACUCUUCAAUUCCCAGAGGACGUACAUCUCAGCCCGGAAGCAGAAGAUCUCAUCUUACGACUAUUGAAGGAUGGAGACCACCGUUUGGGGUCUCAUGGUGCAGAAGAUAUUAAGAGGCAUCCAUUUUUUAGGGGUGUUAAUUGGGAGGAAAUUAGGCAGGUAGAGGCACCAUUCAUUCCUAAAUUAAGAUCCAUUACUGAUACAAGAUUCUUCCCUACGGACGAAUUAGAAAACGUUCCAGAUUCACCGGCUUUGGCCCAGGCAGAAAAGGAAAGAGAAAAAUUAAAGAGAGAGGGUCUGGAGACCAAGGCAGACUUACCGUUUAUUGGGUAUACAUUUAGUCGGUUUGAGUAUUUGACUAGGUCGAAUGCGUUGUAG